CGUCGCCGCCGCCGUCGCCAAGGACCCCAGGCUACUCUGCGCCCGCGUGGAGAGUACUCUGGCCCCCAACUUCGCUGCGCUCAGCGGCAUCGGGCUGUCGCGCUCCGAGAUCGUGCGCCUCCUCCGCUUGCGCUGCAGAUCUGUCGUCUCCAAGCUGCAGUACUACCUGACCCUCUUCGGCUCCUCCGAGGCCUUCCUUCAGGCGCUGAAGUUCAACUGCAACCUCCUCACACACAGCAUCGAGAGUGCGGUCGAGCCCAAUGUAGCGUUGCUGCGGGAGUGCGGGCUGGGUGAUCGCGACAUUGCCAAGCUAUGCGUUGGUAUGCCAUGGCUGCUGACUGCCAACCCAGAAUGCAUCGGAUCAAUGGUUGCUCGCGCCGACGGUCUUGGCGUGAGCCGGGAAUCUCCCAUGUUCAGGCACGCGAUGCAUGCUGUUGCAUUCCACAGCGAGGAGAAGAUUGCUGCCAAAAUGGAGUACCUGAAAAAGACGCUCAGGUGGUCGGAUGCUGAGGUGCGCAUUGCUUUGUCCAAGUCUCCAAUGAUGCUGAGGAGUUCUGAGGGCAUGGUGCAGCGCAUGUCAGAGUUCCUCAUCUCUGAGAUGGGGUUGGAACCAGCAUACAUUGCUCAUCGGCCGGCAAUGCUCGCUUACAGUCUGGAGCGCCGGAUCAGACCCAGGUACUACGUUGUUAAGUAUCUUAAGGAAAAUGGAUUGGUAAGUCGUGACCGGGACUACUAUUCCGCACUCACGCCGUCCGAGAUGGUAUUCUUGGAGAAGUACAUAUGCCCUCACAAGCAAGCUGCGCCGUACCUUGCUGAAGACUAUGAUGAUGCUUGCAGAGGACAAGUGCCCGAUAGGUUCAGAUUUGCAUGAACCAAGAACAAGGCCACUGUUGUUGUGUAGCAAGAUCCUCCUCCUUGCUGCUAUAUAGGAGUAUUAGCAUUCUCUUAAUCUUUGAGUGUUUUUAAUCUGUGGGCAUGCACCUGCAAUACCUCAUGACAAGUGAUGAUCCCUUUGAGUAGGUUUCCCGUUUGUCUAUUAAAAGUGUUCCUUUAUCCUUAUCAGUGUGCCAGCUCAUACACCGUACCGAGCCCGUCUCUGUUGUACUUCGUAAGAAUGAGCUAUAUACUGACUACCUCUUGACCUUGUGUUGGCAUAGCAGAGUACUCAUGGAUGGGCCGGGUACUGGUAUAUGGAACUCGGAUGUCAGGUUAGAUAUCAUAAGCGUUGCAAUGCCUUCCAUCAAUAAUGAUGGUGUUCCACGUCUCCAAGUCCGACCAGGGAGGCGCCGCUCGAGUCGAAUACCUAGGAAACUGUAAACCCUGUCCGCCAUUUGUGCGGAUCCCAGGCUUGUAAAUGUGGAAAAUUUGGCUGAAUUAUUGACUCCCGGUUGGUUAAAACAGAACCAGAGUCCCACGGGCAUUGUGGUGGGCACGUCGUUCCCCUGCACUUGACAGGUUUUUCUCCCGUACU